CUUGCAAUUAUCAAAUUUUAUUGGAAAUAUUCUGUCUUAGAAAUUUCAACAUUAGAAUUUACAGUACUAGGUGUAAUUAAAAUUAUGGAAAAUCUUUAUGUUGCUGAAAAUAUUGCUGUUAAGAUUCUGCAAUAGUGUUUUUCAAGCUCUAAUAUGAGUGUUAUUAUUUCUGUUACAUUCCAAUGUUGGGAUAUUAAAGAUUGUCUGGUUACUUAAUAAAACCUGCAUUUGGACUAGCUAGUAAAUUAAAUUUAACUUUUUUGUGUGAUAUGACUCAAGUGGAUAGUAUCUAGCUAAAUGACCCCAACCCAAUCCUGAAUUCUAUUGCAUCGAGCCAUUGAGUAUUUAUGUGACUUUUCUUCUUGUGCAUUUUUUUUCUGAUUUCUGGGUGUUAUUGCAGAAUGUUUUAUGGACCAGGAGGACCAUAUGCUUUGCUUGCUGGGAAGGAUGCGAGUAGAGCACUUGCUAAGAUGUCGUUAGAGGAGAAAGAUCUUACGGGCGACAUCUCUGUGCUUGGCCCAUUUGAGUUUGAGGCUCUACAAGAUUGGGAGUACAAGUUUAUGAGCAAAUAUGUCAAGGUUGGAAUUGUGAAGCAGCAAGUGGCUGGAAGUAAAGAAGCAGCAGUUGCUACUGCUAAUGGUGAAGCUUCUUCAGAAGUAACUACUGAACAUGAUGAGGCUGUUAAGCCUGGAGAAGAUGGUUAAAAUGUAGAAGUGUAGAUCUAUAGCAUAUUGUAAUACACUUUAUUGAUAUUGACAUUGUAAAAUAAUUUGAGUAAUAAAUACAAUCUUCUUGUUUUAUA